CUACUUUACUUAUUCAUAAGACAUAUUUUGCAUUCGUUUGCUAGGUAACAUGGCUUACCGAAGGAGAUCAGAACAACUGGUUCUGUACCAUCUUGGUAAAGACUGAAUGAACUGUAUAGAAGGAAAAUGAUACAGCCCUCAACAUCCUUUCUUGGAGCGAUUACUAAUCACGGAAAGCUAACCUUUCGCACUAACAAGGCCGUGGAAGUCCUGGUUUAAGAGGUCAUGGGUAACUGCGCUUAUAAAGUGCUCGGCGAGAAAGGAGAGGAUCGUGAUGAAGCUUGGAAGCGUCAGACACGAGGAAAACUGGAGAACAAACUGUAUACGUUUGUUGACCUGAAAGGCCUGGAAGGUAACACAGAAUUUGUUCAAAUCUGGAAAGAAAGCGGCAAGUCUGGAUUCGUGAGAAAGCUUCGAGAUGACAAGAUACUUCAGCCGUACCUUUAUGAACAAGGGGAUGGAAAAGAGAUCACUGCAGAAGAGGUCAAAAAAUGGCAGAAUGAGAGGGAAUCACAGUCCGACAGUCAUGGAGCAGUCGAAUGUCGUGACGCCCCAGAUGAUACACCCCGCAAAGCUUGCUGGAAUCUUGAUCACCGCGGGGCACUGGGUGAGACAGCACUGCACUUGUGUUUCCUAAACAACAAUCCACAGAUGGCAGAGAUGGCGCGCGCAUUGCUGAAAGUUUAUCCUACUAUGGCUCUGGAUCAGUAUGAAAGCCAUGAAUUCUAUGGUGAGACAGCUGUUCACAUCACGAUUGUUAAUGGAGACCUACAGUCGUUCAAACUCCUGGUUGGUCAAUGUGGAGCUGAUGUUCAUGCACGAGCAAGAGGAAGAUUCUUUAUGCCGGAGGACUGCAAGGACAAAAUAAAACAAGAAACGAAUUACGAUGGUUAUGCCUAUUACGGUGAAUAUCCAGCAUCCUUUGCAGCGUGUUUCGAGAACAAGGAGAUGUACGACUACCUUAUAAGGAGGGGCGCGGAUCCAAACAGACAGGACACGCUUGGCAACACCGUAUUACACUUGUGUGUCAUACACAACAAGAUAGACAUGUUUUUUCAUGCCACACAGAGAAGACACAAGAUACGUGGAGACACGUUCAUCAGAAAUAACUUGGGACUUACACCUCUCACGCUGGCUGCUAAGUUGGGAAGAAAAGAGAUGUUCCAUGAAAUUCUCGAAUAUCAAAGCAUGGAGUACUGGUCCUAUGGACGCAUGACUUGUUCAGGAUACCCACUAGACGGCCUAGAUUCUAUUGACAAGAAUGGUAAAUCGGCAUACCUGGCUAAAAAGGAGGACCAUUCAGUUCUGUUCCAAGACAUGUUUUUUCAUGCCACACAGAGAAGACACAAGAUACGUGGAGACACGUUCAUCAGAAAUAACUUGGGACUUACACCUCUCACGCUGGCUGCUAAGUUGGGAAGAAAAGAGAUGUUCCAUGAAAUUCUCGAAUAUCAAAGCAUGGAGUACUGGUCCUAUGGACGCAUGACUUGUUCAGGAUACCCACUAGACGGCCUAGAUUCUAUUGACAAGAAUGGUAAAUCGGACGAUGAAUCAGCUUUACUGAUCACACUGAAUGGAAAGACAGACGAUCAUUUGGACAUGCUGAACAGCGGUAUUAUCUAUCGACUUCUUGAGGAGAAAUGGAAAGCCUUUGCCAGGGGCAAGUUUUACAGGCGCUUAUUAUUUGCGGUCCUCUACCUUCUGGGCUUUAGCUUGGCUAUUUAUCUUAGACCACGACAUCUUGAUCCAAAGAGAAUAGAGACGAGAGAUGACAAAUUACGUCUUGUUGCAGAAGGCUUUACAGUUCUUGGUGCGAUAAUCUACUUGGUGCUGGAAAUCAAAGAUGUGUUAAUAACACAAGGAAUUAACGUCCAACUGAACGCCUUGCGUGACGCUCCUGGUAAAUCCAUCUUCUUGAUGUCCUGUGUACUCGUUAUCCUUGCGUUACCUUGUCGUUACCUUGGAGAACAAAAUGCCGAGACCGCCAUGUUGAUUCUUGCUGCUCCAAUGGCUUGGUGUUAUCUGCUUUUCUUCUGUAGAGGUUUUGGAGCCAUUGGUCCAUUUGUGGGUAUGAUCUACAAGAUGUGCGUCGGAGAUAUGUCAAGGUUCUUUAUCAUAUACAUCAUAUACCUACUGGGACUUGCGCAAGCAUUUUCACAUGUAAUGAAAGGAGUCGAGGGAUUUCAAAAUGAAGGAUAUACCAUCAUGACUCUAAUGCGCAUGACAUUCGGCGAGUUUGACUUUUUCACGUUCGAUAGGUCACGGCACCCAGCUUUGGCUAAGCUGUUGUUUUUCUACUUCAUGUUGUUCGUCACAGUUUUACUCAUGAAUAUGUUGAUUGCAAUGAUGGCAAACACGUACCAGAAUAUUUCAGACCGUUCAGAAAAAGAAUGGAGAAGACAGUGGGCGCAUAUUAUUAUGGUCUUAGAGCGCUCAGUUAAACCAUCAGACCUAAAAAAGCUCCAGGAUGACUACUCGGUAGAUAUGGCCCGAGAGGGGAUUGAGGAGAGGCGUCGUGGCCUGAUGGUGAUUAAAAAGAGCAGCUUGCCGAGCAAAGCUGACAAAAGAAAAACCGCCAUCUUGAACUGGCAGAUUCUGGGAAUUGACUCUGUCAAAAAUAAACUUCAAGAGCAAGCAAAGCGUCAGCAGCAUCUCACAUCAGUGGCGACGUGAAUAACACCUGAAAAUCAAGUGAACACAUCGUGAACACCACGUGAACAACAAGGGGAUGUCACGUGAACGCACUGUAAUGAGGCCAACAAAAAAAAAACAGAUGAACAUGGACCAAUGAUAUUCAGUAGAAAUGAGCAAAAAACUCAAAAUGCAAAUGAUACUCAGUUUGCAGUUCAAAUGAACGAGGGACGUAUAGUUAGCGGGAUACCUCUUUAGGCAGAAUAAAUCACAGGAGUGUAAAAAUACAUUUCAUCCUAAACCGUUGCAAUUUCAAUUCAUUUACUAUAUUAUGUCUUACCUUUGUAGUAAGAAUACAAUAUCAAGCAAAUCAAUUAAUAGGACGUUUUCUAUGAAAGUAAGUCAAUUUUAUGAAAUUUAAGAAUGUAAUUUAUUGGAGGAUAGUAUCCUCAAUUUGUAGGAAUAUAAGUACUGGAGAUCAGUUUACCUGGAUAAGCAAACUGAUUAGAAGAAAUAUCACUUUUGUAAACAAGAGAUAACACAAUCAAAUAUUUCCUUAAUUCAGAAUUUGUACACUUGUAAUUGUUAUGGCAUUUGUAAGUUUUGUAAGGUCUUUGGUCGCAUUAGUAGGAACCAGUUGAACCGGUCAUGACCGGUUAUAGACCCAGCAGACUGUACAUAAACGUUAGUUUCCUUAGA